CCUCUGUUCUAUAUAUUCUCCCCUUAAUAAUCUCAAAUACCUCUUCCUCCUUUCUUCUUCCUCCUACUUUUAGAUUUCUGGUUUUCUUUCUACAUUUUCUCUUUCCUCUUUCCUCUUUCCUCUUUCUCUCUCUAGAUUCUUCCUAAAGUCCCUAGUUUCUGCUCCCCUGUUUUUGCUCUAUUUUUGGCUCUGCUCCCCUGUUUUUGCUCUAUUUUUGGCUUAAUUAAAGUCCCAAAAAUCUGAGCUUUUUUCUCUUGAAAGAGAAAACCCAUCUCAUAAAAAUCCAAUCUUUUCUUGUAAUUUGCAUAAAGAUCCAAUCUUUAUUGUUCUUGAGAUCUAAAACUCUGUUUUUUUACUCUAAUUUGCAGUUCAUGCUAAAGAAAAAUCUGGAUUUUUAAUGUAUGAUAUUAAUGACUCCAGUUCUUAGUGAAAUUCUUCGUUCUGGGUUUAUGAUAAAUUCCUCUUUAAGGCGCAGGACCCACUUAGUUCAAUCUUUCUCUGUUGUAUUUCUUUACUGGUUCUAUGUUUUCUCAUAAAUUAGCCUCUCACUUUGCUUAAUUUUCAUCUUUAUAUUUAAUUAUUAUAAUCACAUAAAAAAUCAUCAAAAAAAACUUUUUUUUUUUUUUUAAUUUCAAAAUUUCUUCAUCUGGGUCCUGCGUCCUGUAAAUUGUAUAGAUUUAUAGAUAUUUACAAAAAAAUCCCAUCUUUUAAUUUUGGUUAAUUUUGAUUGAUGGCGAGUUCGAGCAACAAUUCGGCGACGAGCAGUCAGAUUCAGAACUCAGGAUCUGAAGGAGAUUUACAGCAAAUGAUGGAUGAGAGGAAAAGGAAGAGAAUGGCGUCAAACAGAGAAUCAGCAAGAAGAUCAAGAAUGAGAAAACAGAAGCAUAUUGAAGAUCUGAUGGUUCAAGUUGAUCAAUUAAAGAGAGAAAAUAAUCAGAUUCUUCAAACUACAAAUCUUACAACUCAACAAUUUGUUAAUGUUGAGGCUGAAAACUCUGUUUUAAAAGCUCAAAUGAAUGAGCUUAACCAAAGGCUUCAAUCCCUCAAUGAUAUCCUCAAUUACAUGAAUACCCUUACUACUGGGAUUAACGGUAACGGUCACGGUCACGGAAACACCGCCUUCGAGGAUCAUUCUUUGGACAUUAGCCAUGAUGAUUUGGGUGAUUUUGGUUUUAUCAAUGGGUAUUAUGGUAAUUUCACUCAUAAUACUAACAAUGUUAUUGGUGCUAAUAAUCCUUGGAACUUGGUUUAUCUCAACCAACCUAUCAUGGCUUCUGCCGAUGUCCUCCAAUAUUAAAAAAAACUAAAGAAAAAAAUGGCCCUCAUAUUUUUUUUUUAAUAGAUUUUUUAGUAUUUGUUUGAGGCGAAAGUUAGGCGUGGGGCUUAUUAUUGCAAAUUAAGUUCCGCCAGGGUGGAAGGCUAAUUAUGAAUUAUAAUUAAGUGGAGGGCUAAUUCUAUUUUUUCUUUUUUUCUUUUUUUGUUUUAAAAAAUUAAUGUCAUCAAUUUAUCAUCAAGUGACUCUACAAGGAUAUUCACGUGCAAAUGACGGCUCUAUGGUGUUCUAGAAUGUUGUAUUUAAGUUGUUGAAUGUAAAUUUAUCAUAGAGGCCUUUUUUUGACGAGGUUUACAUGAGUAAAAACUUUGUGAUGUAAGAAUUGAUCUCCAUGAUAGCUUUAGGCUAGGGCAAUUAAUGGGGAUGAUGAUAUUGAUGAUGUAAUUUGGAAUCUUAAGAUUUUUAUAUUAUAUAUUGAUUAUAUUAGCGACCUUAAUCA